GCCCUGUUUGAUAUUCCCUUCCCCACAAAUCACCACGUCCACGAACUCCAGACAAUCGGGCUCUGCUGAUCUACAUCAGCCUGUGCGUAUAACAAUCACGGAGAGGAGAGGAGGCACAGUGCGACGAGAUUUCUUGGAAAUAAUAUAAUCAGAAAUAAUCUGGAAGCAAGGACUUACACCAAAUGACCUCGAAGGCAUCGAAAACGCGACCCCCGGGGUUCACCGCCGCGCGCCCGUCGUCGUCGUCGUCGUCGGCAAAGACAAAAGCCGGGGCGACGACGAACGGUAUCGCGACGAACAGGAGCAGCAUUGGCAGCAGCAACAACAGCAGCAGUAGCUACUACGGCAAUUCGCCGGCGACGCCGAGUACGCCGGCAAGCAGUAGCGGCGCGACGAGCAAUAUCAAAAAGGUGAAACUGAUUCAAAAGAGCGCCGGGGGUGGAGUUUCCGGCGCGAGCGGGAUAGCUGCCGUGUCGGCGUCCGGGAGUCCGACGACGCCGACGGGGGUGUCGCGGAAAGCGAGCUGGACGAGUGCUGCGAACGCAAAGAGUCAUCUGGUUAAUAGCAUGACGCCGGCGUCGCUGUCGGCGGACGGCAAGGCCGGCAUGCUGGAUGAUGAUUCGAUGAUGCGGGUCUCUGGACGUCGGCCGAAGUUGGAUGAGUAUAAGUUUGCUGAAACAAGCGAGGAGAUAUUGGAAAAGUACAAGGGAUUUCCGUCAAGUAUAGACCUACAUAUAUACCCGACACAUUACAGAUUCGGAAAUCAAGACGCGGUGAUUCCCGCGAGCAGUCCAUCUAUCAAGAGCUUCAUGGAUCAAGUCAAAUUAGGCCAAAUCCCACCUCCCGCCGUCGAGAUCUUCCACGAGGCAGGCGUGAAAUUCUACGAAGGAUGUAUCAUCCUCGAAGUCUACGACCACCGCGCAAACUCCAGCGGUUUCACAGGCGAACACACAAGUCAAGAGUUCAACAAUCCCUCCUCAUCCCUGCCUCUCGUCUCCUCCACUUCCUCGAAACCUUCACCACAGCAAAAACAGCAGCCGACGAAUACCGCUGUAGUAGACCAAAAGCCGGGCGACCAGCAGUCCUCUGCAACUUCCUCCUCCGCAAACCAACAGUCUAGCGGAGAACCACACCGCGAACGAAUCCUGCUCCACCCCACCCCUCUAUCUCUCUGGUACGAUCUCACCUGGCUUGCGGAGCGAACAGGCGCAUGCUACAGCGACGCCCUGACGCUCACGCUCGAAUCGCAAAUCCUCGCAACCACCGUCCCGCGCCUCGACCUCGCUGUCCCGACCGAGCCCCCGUUCUCACAACCCGACCUCCCUCCCUCUCUGCAACCAACUCCACCCCCUUCCCUCGCCGUCAAAGACGACCUCGGCCUUCUCCACGCACCCAACCCGCCCACGAUGGCGAAGCGGAAACGCCCACUACACGAAGACCUGCCGCAGCAGAGCACAGAGUACGAAGAAAUGAUGCUAAUCAUGGACGAGCGCCCGCCCACCGGCACAGGCCAGUUCGUCCGACUCGGCUUCGUCGAGCAGUGGCGGCGCAAGCGCGAGCGCGAGCGGCAGCAAAAGCUCGCGGCGUCGGUUAUCGCGAGUAAUAACGCGCAGAUGGGCGGCAACGGCGCCAGCGUCGUCAGCGCGAACGGGAUCGCGCAUAAUGGUAUGGGCGCUGGAAUGCAGCAUCGGCGGUAGUCUGGGACUUCAAUCACUUCUUCAACCAGAAGACUUUUUUUCACUUUACUACUUUCUAUUUUUUUGUUUGGGAUUGUAUAACUAAUUGCCAUGUAUAUUAAUACCACAACUACUACCGGUGCGCGUUCGGAACGUUCUUUAUCUUUAUCUUUAUCUUUUUUCUUACUUUUCU